AGCUCGUACGAACAGCUGAGCUCCGCGUUCACUUUUGGUAGAAAACUCCAUAUUUCAAGUAGUCUGUGUCUGGAUUACACACGCGGAGAGGAUCGUUAGCUGCUGUUUCUAAAUAUUUUAGAGACACUUACUAUUUUAAGGUCGAAUAACUUCAUAGAGUUGCUUUAUCGAGACGGAGGAGAAGAAUCCUUACUUUCCUGCGUCUUCGAGCGAUCAUCUGUUCCUGAGACUCGACGUUAGUGGAUGUUAAGUGUUUUAAACUAAUCUUGGAGAUUGCUGUACUGAAGAUGAGAAACGUUUUCUUCUUCGUCUUGGUCUCAGUUGUCUUUUGUCAUGCUGAACUGAAGUUGGAGGCAACUGAUGGAGAAAACGUCUCUAUAUCCUUCAAAACUGCUGAACUGGAAGGAGCCGAUCAAGUGAGGAUAACUUUUACAAGAGACGAUCAGAAAAUGUUGAUUGCACGGUACUUCUGUGACCGUCCCGGAGACUGUCGUGUCUUGGAAAGACCAGGAGUCUCACUGAGAAUUGAAGAAGGAACCGCGUCCUUGAUUCUUCUGGACGUCAGCUCCAGUAACUCAGGUCUCUAUGAAGCACAAGUCCUUAACGGAAAGUAUGUGUCUGAGAUACAAGCUACACUUGUUGUCAAAGAACCAGUAUUGUCCUCCACCAAAGAUCCACCACAGACCUCCUCCCCAAAACCUCCUGACUCCUCUGGACACCUGUGGCUGUGGCUGUGUGCUUCACUGAUCUCUUUAGUCAUCAUCGGUGUGAUCGGUUUCCUCUUGUUGAAGAAACUCAGGAGGGAUCGUGAAGCAUUACCUGAUGCUGAAGAAGACCAAAAAACCCCUGAUGUCUCCAGCACAGAAUCUGCACAAAAUAAGAGGAAAAUAAUUGCACAGAUUGUGUAGCGGUCUCCUUCAAGACUUAUAGAGAAGAGACUGACGAUUAGCUCGUGGACACUGGACUUGAUUCUGAGUGUUUUAAAACUCUGAAUACUGAGUUUGUGCUGAUCUCCAGGUAUUCAGAAAAACAUCUGCUGGUACAGAUAGUUCGGUGGUUUUUACUCCAUGGUGUCUAAUGCUGCCAAAUACUUUUAGCAAAGGCCUUUAUGUUGGUUUUUAAGAAACAAUCUCUCCUAAGCAUUACUGUACACUUACUAACACUUAUUUGGUACAUCAAUUUUGAAAUUAACAACAUAGCUUAAACUAUAAUAUUCAGCUGCUCUUUAUUUAAGGAUCUAAUAAUCACACUCCAAAAAAAAACAAAAAAAAGGAAAUUUAACAAAAAAGUGAUUCUUUAUUUAAUUUAAAUAAACAUUAAUAACUAUCAAUAAGCUCCUCUAAGUUUUAUAGAACUUAGGUGUCAAGACGGCAUUAUUAUUAUUUUGUGAAAUUGUAAAAUGGUGUUGCAUUAAAUGGUUGGUUCACCCAAAAAAUGAAAAUUAGUCCAUAAAUAACUCGCCCUCAAGGUGUUUAUGACUUUCCUCGUUCAGAUGAAUCCAGUCGGAGUUAUAGUAAAAAUGCUCUUUGAUCUUUCAAGCUGUUUAAUGGCACUCAGCGGGUGUUGCACGUAUUAGUCCAAAAGAAGUCAAAUAAAGUACAUCCAUCCAUAAUAAAAAGUGCCUCACAUGGCUCCCAGGGGUGAACAAAGACCUCCUGUAGCCAAUCUAUGCAUUUUUGUAAGAAAAUGAUCUAUAUUUAAAACCUAAUAAUCAAUUUAAUGUAGCUUGGGCUCACUGUUGUAAACUGAAGCAGAUCGUGCCGUGUGUCCUGGGCUUGAGAGUGAGUAUUUAGAUGACAGUGAACCUGCCCAACCAUCAGUCUUUUAUUCUUCAAGGGGUCAGGGUUUUUUCCCGCCAUAAUUUUGUUUAACUCUUGGCAUUGCAGUAAACUGUAGCUUUUGUGUGCCUUGUAAAUCAAAUGGUAUUGCUGUUCUGCUGAAUGACUGUAUGAAUGUGUAUUCAAUUCUAAAAAGAAAAAGGGGGAGAGAUGUCUCACUUUAUUUCUGUGUGCACAUUUUUUAUUUAAUUGUAAUAUGUAAUUUAUUAAGAGACAUUUCUGUGUUCUUUGGUACUUGUCAUCUGACACUCGUCUAGUAAAUUAAUAAAACACCCCACAUUU